UUCGUUAUCGCGCAACCUCAGAUGACAUUUCCAGGUCCGUGGAAGCUCUCCUACGAGGAGGAAGGCGCAUGUCUCUCCGUUCGAGCGCACAGUGUGGUGACGGCCCUGCUCGCCGCGGUGAUACGUUUUGACGUCCAACAUGGCCACCUGAUGUCUAGCAGACGAUACACACAGGUGGCAUGGGAGAGCUGUAAAUAAAAUCCACCCUCUAGAUUUAAUUAUGAGCGGACGUGUGCAGAAGGAGAGUGUCGAUGAUUCCGAUCGCAUCGACGAUGCAGUGGACCCGCGAGUGCAGAUUGAACUUGAAAGAUUAAACACAGCUACGGACGAUAUUAAUAAAUUAGAAGUUGAUUUAGAUGAAGCAAGAGCAACCUUUAGAGAAUUAUUGUGUGAAUCAACAAUCAAGAUUGACGCUUUGGCUAAGAAACUUGGAGCUUGCAUUGAAAAAUCCAGACCGUACUAUGACUCUAGGUUUAAAGCAAAAGAGGCUUUACAAGAAACGCAGAAGGCUGCGAUUAGAUUUGAGAGAGCCAACAGUCAACAUGCGGCGGCUAAAGAAAUGGUUUACUUAGCCGAGGAAGGACUGCGGACCGAAGGAAGAUGUUUUGACCAUGCUUGGCAGGAAAUGUUGAAUCAUGCUACGUCGCGAGUUAAUGAGUCAGAGCAUGAGAGAGCUCUCUCUGAAGCUGAGCAUAGGCACACGACUGCAUUAUAUCACAAAGCGGAACACGAAGUUCAAAGGUUGCAACGUGAACUGAAGCGUACUAUUGCUAAAUCUAGUAUGGGUGCACGCCGCAGCUUGCUUCUGAUAAACAGUAUCGCCUACAGGCACCACUUGCUCAUGUUGCCUUACUAUGAAAUGAAAGCACACUUUAAUCAAAUGCUGGAGGAGCAGAAGAUGAAAGUCAGUGUACUGGAGAGAUCAGUUGGGGAAGCAAAAUCUUCGUACGCGGAAGCAUUACGAAAUUUAGAAAAAAUCAGCGACGAGAUUCACAGGACAAGAAGAUACGACGGUUUAGACGAAUACGAUAAGAGUACACAAGACGCACCCGAUCGCUCCACUACGCAAAUUAACACGGCGACUCCAACGGAUUCCAGUGUAACUGGAUCUCCAGACAGCACAGAUUAUAUUAGUGACGAAUACUUACGCCUUCCCGACAAGAUGAGUCCGAAUGUGCCAUGUCCCAUGCCUACAAGAAUCGAGAAAGAUUCAUCGUCGGAAUACCUGGGCCUAAACAAUCUGAACCUUUCAUCCACCGAACCUCGUAAAUACAUCAAACGGGACCGUCCACGAAGCAUCGCUGCGACCGACUCGAAACAUAUCGUAUCUCUAAAUCAUACAAGUUCUUCUGCACCAGGUCUGACGGAUCUGUCGGGCAUUAUAUCUCCGAUUGAAAAGAGAGUCAAAAUUCAAACGCCCGUGAACGAUCGCAAGAAUAAUUCUACUAAUUCUCAAAACGGAGAAGAAUGGACGGAAAUUAGCCUGAACAAUUCACCGGAUGAAGUUUAUUACAAUAACGACGUGUAUUCCGAUGAGGAAGAUCAAAUUCCCUACAAACCGCUACCGAUGGAUCUAAGUCCAGAACUUGCUCAGACAAUUAAUGCCACCAUCGAUCCGGCGAAGGAACAAACUAGUCGAAAAAGAUUAGUAACGCAAAAAUCUUUACCCACAAUGUCGAAAGUAAAUGAAGUUACUUUAAGCGAAGAGAAGAAAGCCGAAGUUACGAGAAGUCCAUCAGUAAAAAAUAGAAGCAAGCUCGAUAGUACCUUAGCUAAUUGGAUAACUAGAAGUUCAGCCGGUGGUGAAACUAGUGGUGGUAGUUCCACGAAUUCAAGCAGAAGACAAUCUCUCGAUAUGUUAUGGAGUGGCGGUACCGGGGAGCGCGUUAAGGAAUUACUUAACCAUGGCAUGAUGAUGUUAAACAUAUCUAGCUUAACGGAACGACGUUCCAGCGAACCAAAGACAGCGGAGAGAGACAAGGAAAAGUCUGACAAAUCUGAAAAGUCGGAAGUUAAAGGAAAGAAAGUCCCAAGUCCGUUAGAGAAAACAAUGAGCUAUCUCAAUGCCGACGAGGAGACGUCAGACAGCGAAAGUUUAGCUAGCGUGGAGAUGCUAACAGAGGAUCAAAUCUCUUCACUCAUGAUGGAGCCGGACAUGAAUCAAGUAUGCCAAGAGAUUCUGGGAACUCCCUUAGUCGAAGUAUGUCCGUUGUUGCAACAAUUACAGCAACAAUAGCCUUAUCACAGAGGAAUUUGCACGACAAAGUGGCAAAGAUUCAACAAUAGAAAGUGUUCAAGAUCAUUAU